UUUAUCGCCGGCCUCCCCGGCAGGCGGUUUGCUCCGUUUUUUUCUGCUAGGACGCGCCGGCGACUUAACCAUCGGAGAGUGUUCGGCAGCCCGUGGGACCGGCCGGAAAGGGCUCAUGGCAGUCUGUGUAGCAUGGCGAGGCCGCUGGGGUUCGCUCCUGCGACGAGCCUUCCCAGCUCCGCCGCGGAGAGCCUGCUGCUCCGGGGUGCCGGCGAGGCAGCGGCAGCAACAGCAGCUGGCGUUGGAAGUUCCCUCCGCUCAGGAGAUUACAGUUCCAAGAAGAAGAGGAUACCUAGCUGAACAUGCUGCCCCUUUCUCUGCUUUUUUGACUGAUAACUUUGGUCGCCAGCAUAACUACUUGAGGAUCUCCGUGACCGAGAAGUGCAACCUCAGGUGUCAAUACUGUAUGCCAGAAGAGGGUGUUCAGCUAACUCCCAAAUCUGAACUUUUGAGCACUCAGGAGAUAAUCACUCUUGCCAGGCUCUUUGUGAAGGAAGGCGUGAACAAGAUCCGGCUGACUGGGGGAGAGCCACUCAUACGGCCUGAUGUGGUUGACAUCAUAGCUCAGUUGAGCAAACUAGAAGGUUUGCAAUCCAUCGCUGUCACAACCAAUGGUAUCAACUUAGCCAGGCUAUUGCCUCGGCUAAAGGAAGCUGGCCUGAAUGCCAUUAACAUCAGUUUGGACACGUUGGUCCCAGCCAAGUUUGAAUUCAUCGUUCGUCGAAAAGGUUUCCACAAGGUGAUGGAAGGGAUUUACAAAGCACUGGAACUUGGAUAUGAUCCUGUUAAGGUGAACUGUGUGGUCAUGAGAGGCCUCAAUGAAGAUGAGCUGAUAGAUUUCGUCGCCCUUACAGAGCAGCAGCCUCUGGACGUGCGCUUCAUAGAAUACAUGCCCUUUGAUGGCAACAAAUGGAACUUCAAGAAAAUGGUGAGCUAUAAGGAGAUGCUGGAUACAAUCAAGCAAAGAUGGCCAGAACUGGAAAAGCUGCCAUGUGAAGAAGUCUCUAGCACUGCCAAGACUUACAAGGUACCACAUUUUCAAGGAAAAGUCAGUUUCAUCACCUCGAUGUCUGAGCAUUUCUGUGGAUCCUGUAAUCGACUGAGGAUCACAGCCGAUGGGAACUUGAAGGUGUGCCUUUUUGGAAAUUCCGAAGUGUCCUUGCGAGAUCACUUACGCUCUAAUGCCACAGAGGAAGAAUUGAUCCAAAUUAUCGGUGUCGCUGUUGGGAGGAAGAAGCGGCAGCAUGCAGGCAUGUUCAACAUUUCCCAGAUGAAGAACAGACCGAUGAUCCUCAUUGAGGUGGUACCAAGGUCAUUCUCCCUGCUCCAAGAUGCUCUGCAGGACCGAGAAAGCUUAAAUGAUUGGGGCCACAGAUUUGACCAUUGGCUGACUCUGAGAGCAAGUUUAUCCAAACAGAUGGGAAAAACAUUUAAGGAAAAUGUGUUUAAAAGACAGCGUGCUUUGCCAGGAUCGUGUUCAGCCCAACAGACUGCUGCAAGAUUCCCACAAGCUCCGUUCAGUAGGAGUUGCGUUCUCCAAAAGAACCCGAGUGCCAGCUUGGAUGCAAAGUGCCUUUGGACAGGAACGCCUCUCUCCAAGCAGGCCCCUCACAUGAUUAGGGGCUUUCACUCUGGGGUGAUGAGAAAGCAAGCAGAGGAGGAAAGUCGGCGAGCUCUUCCCACUGCUGCCUUUCUAGGUGCCUCAGAUCAUCUCACCCACAUUGACCAGGAGGGCCGUGCAUCUAUGGUGGAUGUGAGCUGGAAGCCAGACUCUGAGCGGACAGCCGUGGCCAGCGCUGUGGUCCAUCUAGGCGAGAAGGCAUUUCACUUGGUACGACAGAACCAGAUAAAGAAAGGGGAUGUUCUGACAGUUGCCCAGAUUGCCGGGAUUCAGGGAGCCAAGCUGACCAGUCAGCUGAUUCCCCUGUGCCACAACAUCGCCCUGAGCCUGGUGGAGGUGGCCCUGCGCCUGGACGAGAAGAGGCACGCAGUGGUGAUCCAGGCUCUGUGCCGCACCCGAGGGAAAACGGGCGUGGAGAUGGAAGCCUUGACUGCUGCCAGCCUAGCCGCCCUGACCGUGUACGAUAUGUGCAAGGCAGUCACGCACGACAUGGUCAUCGAAGAGGUGAAGCUGCAAAGGAAGGAAGGAGGGCAAAGGGGGAACUUUCAGCGAGGUUAAGGCAGGUCUGAACCAAGAGCUCGUCCGCCCAUCACUUGCUGUAUGACAAUCUCAGAAACAUCCUCUUCAUGUACAAGGAAUCAGGCUUCCAGCCAUGAACACGUACAAAGCACAACUUGAGCUGUCCAUCAUUCUGCUGUUGGAUUGACAGCUGCUUUCCAUGACUUGGCUUGGAUCUUCUCAUUUGCUUGCCUUCUGCUCAUGUAGCUAAUGCCUUGCUGGCAGUUUUGAAGCCUUGCUUAGUUGUUUUGGACUUGUUCUUGCUGAUGCAUCGCUGUCAACUAGUCAACAAUUACUAGUUUUAACUCUUCCCAUUCUGUACAAAGCUACAAUCUCUAAUGUUCACUAUUGUCCAUCUCUAUUUCUCCAGCACUUAAACCACCUGUACAACAGGACCUAACUAGAUUACAUUGAUUAAGAGUAAUCUGAUCUGGACCUAAGAAUUCAGCUGGUGGCAAAAAGACUGGUAGCCAGAAUUCCCAAGGGAAGAGGGCAGUGACUUGAACUCCUCACGUGGGCCUAACACUGGAGAGUAUAACCUAUGUUUCCUCAUGAGUCAAAUACUGUUUUGGUACCAUGAAAAUAGGUUUAAUUUUCUUCUUGAAAAUGGAAAAAGAAAAUUUUAUCAACUGGUAAACUGAUAUACUCAAACCCUUGUCCUAAUUAUGAGCCAUAAAAUUUUAGGUUCCUAAAUACGUUAAGUAUGUAUGGAGUACAAUAACUUGUACAUUCUGCUUUGUUUCUUGGCAACAAAAUUGUGCCUGUUAACAUAGAUGCUCUUUCACGUCUGUCUUCCACCACAUUUUUGGAAAUCGUCUGCAGUUAUUUUUCAGAAAAAAGACUCUUCUUUCUCCUCUACACUAGCCAAUACACCUCUGUGAGCUGGUACUAUUCCCUGGUACCUUUGUUUGCCACUCCAAAUGUUCCCUAUUUUAUUUAAUCUGAAUCUCCUGGAUGUCCAGCUCACCUCGGUCCUUCAUGGGAGUGCUCAUCCUUUCUGAGCAGCGCACUAGAGUUGCCGCUAUAGCAAAGCAAAGCUCCCCAUGAAGUGCCAAACGUCCGUUUUCUAUUUGAAAUCCAUUUGUCCCAUCAUAUGCUUAACAGAUGCAAGGGCUGUUGGAUGCAAGGGCUUGUAGACACAAGGCAAAGUAUUCUGCCUUAUCUAUCAGACUUAAGAUGAAAGGGCGCCCACCCCGCUCCCCUCUCGCAAUGACUGUGCUGGGUAUCAGUCCUUUCCCACUCUCUGCCUUUCCCUCGUGCACAGAGCUGUGCACACACAUUUUUUCCAUUUGGGAGAUAGAUGGACUCGCUUUCCUUUCUUGUAGAGGUCUCCCAUAAAGCAAUAUUUCAAAGUGAAAUUUUAAAACUUUCAAAAAGCCUGGUUUUUAUAUUUAUAAUGCUUAUUCUUUCAUAAUGUGUGUGAGAUUUCCUUUCAGCCCCUAUAACUAACCCUUUUGGCCAUCUGUCUGGUUUUCAGAUUGCGCUGGAAAUCCCAUUCCAGCAUUUAAAUUGGUCAUGUAGUAACAAAGCAAAGGGUGGAGGCGAACACUCCCAGGUUGGGCAGCAGGACAAGGAGAGAAAGAACCUGGGCUCCCACCCGAUUGAAUCGGAAAGGCAGAAGGACAGCAGUAGUUGUUCUUCUAGGCUGAAUUUGGCAUUUGCCUGCUGCUGAACUUUUAAAUCCAUUACUUAAUUAAAUACUGGCUCUGUUUUUAUAAUGCAAGACAUACCUGCAGCAAGCCAGGUUCCAGGCUUAAAGAACUCUCUUGCCUAAAUUUUAUUCUGGGUACGGCAGCAAAUCUGAGGUUGUUGUCACUUUAGUUCAUAUUUACAGCAUUAGUUGAAACUUACAGCUGCAAUUUAAGGAUGAGCCUUUGGAUUGAACACCAAACCACCAGUCCAUUUCCUGCUUAAUCUAGAAUUUCUUACACUACCGUUCCUUUUAUUCAUGUUCUGGUUAAUUGAGAAUGCUGGCUGCAUAAAUAGUGCUAUAGAAUAAUGUGAAUCUGGAUUCAGCCAUUUAUGGCAGCCCUGAAUGUCCUUUAUUAGCUGGAAUGCCAUUAUACAAAGUCAACAAAGUUCCUCUUGUACGAAGGCUUUUUUAAUUAAAAGUAAAGAUGGAAAUCAGAAAA